UCUGAAGAUAAAAAAAAAUGCCUCACCGUGUAGUUAAUAAUGGGACAGCAGUUUGCUAGUCUCAGGGAAUUUUUCAGAAUGGAAAACGAAAAUCAAUCAGAAGGAUAUUCUGAAUCGAUCCGGCAUUUAUCUCUUAAUACGCUGGAUCAAAGCGAAUCUGAUAAUAUAACAAAUAGAGAAAAUAAUGGAAAUAUAUCAACCAUAAAUUUCCAUGCGAUUCAUAACAGGAAUAAGGCAGACGAUAAUUUGGAUAAUGACGUAAAUUUGGAUUUGGAUAACCAUAAUUCUAGAUUUGAGUCCAUAUACAGUCAGCCAAUAGAUGGUCAAGAGUCAAAACCAUGCUUCAAUAAUGGAAAUUUUAUUGCCAAUGAACAAGAGACCUUCAAACAAGAAGCUUGUUGUAGUAACUCUGCCAGCAGCAAUACUAGUAGUAGUUCAGAAGAUAGUCCAGUAAAUCCCGUUUUCCAAAGAUCAUCUAAAACACUUUCUUUUGGAAAACGAAAAAGUAAGCAACGAAGUAAAGAUCAGAAUCCAGUAUGCAAUCACGUACUAUCUUCGAAAAAAAAACGUAGUAACUGGGUUUUGAAGUUCAAUUGUACUAAAAACAAAGGCUCCAAGAAUACAGAUAUUCCUGGUCAAGGCAAUAGUAGCUCGGAGUGUGUAUGUACAGGAUACAGAAGAACGGAGGAGCAUCCUAUGGGUGCUGGUAUAGUUUUCAACAGCAAGUCAGCUCCGCAGAGUCCAGUAUUGGGACCACUGCCUCCUAGUCCUGUCAUUGACCUCUCACGUUUUAAUCCAGAAGAGUUUCCAAUGGAGAUUUUCGACGUAAGAGCACGGCUGCAAAGAGCACGGGAGAUGGAGGAGGGUGUUGAACCACCCCCAGGCUAUCGGCCCAAUUGCCCAUCUGGUAUACAGGUCCAUCCAAAUGGUAUAACAGUUGACAGUUUAGCGGCAUUGUUCCAAGCUCAUGCCGGGAUUCAGGCGGCCGCUCUUACCGCCUUAUCACAAAUUGAUUCGACGUUAAUUUCUAAUAUAGAAAGACCUAUACAUACUCAGGUUGAUUAUGUACACUGUCUUGUGCCGGAUUUAAAAUCUAUCACAGCAUGCUCCUUUUAUUGGGGUAAGAUGGACCGAUAUGAGGCCGAGCGCCUUUUGGAAGGAAAACCAGAAGGAACUUUUCUAUUGAGAGAUUCUGCGCAAGAGGAAUUUCUCUUUUCUGUAAGCUUUCGUAAGUACGGACGCUCUUUGCACGCAAGGGUGGAGCAGUGGAAUCACAAGUUCAGCUUUGAUUCGCAUGACCCGGGUGUUUACGCUUCUACAACGGUUUGUGGCUUAAUUGAGCACUACAAGGAUCCUUCCUGCUGCAUGUUCUUUGAGCCGAUGCUGACCAUUCCUUUGAAUAGGAAUUUUGCGUUUCCGCUGCAGCAUCUCUGUCGUGCUGUCAUUACCACUCGAACGACUUACGACGGUAUCAAUAAGCUCCAAUUGCCAAAGACUCUGAAGACCUAUCUCAAAGAGUAUCAUUAUAAGCAACGAGUAAGAAUCAGGCGACUCGAUACCGAGAGCGACUUACAAACGGAUGGAAAAUCCAUAUCAUAUUUGCCGUUGAUGUAAAUGACUUUUAUUAUACGUACAAUUUAAGACAUAUGAUCAUUCUCCCCAUUAAUGCUCAUUAUGCAUGAAUUACCGUUCAACUCGAGUGCGCCCCAUCGAAUGGUGCUUUCGUACACUUCAUCAGAGUUUUCCGUCAUCUUC